GCAGGUGAAGUUUGCCAAGCUGGACAUUACCAUACCAGCGAAUGGCCCUGCCGCCUCGGAGAUCAACGUGCGCAGGAGAACUGCGCCAAAGCUGAUGUUGCUCCCCUCGCGGGCUCGAUCUGGUGUCGAGGUGAAGGUGAUUCCAGAUGAAGGGGAUCCUGACCCCAACAGCAUCUCCCAGGCUGCACUCAAGGUGCUCGAGGAGAAUGAGCUGGACGACGAAAGCGGGCUUCUCCUGAAGAUCACGCUUGCCAUCGGAGAGCUCUGA